AAUAUGAGAAAGUAGCUUUUUAUUCAAUACAAGUUGUGUAGCCAAUAAAAACACAAUAGUCAGAGGCUGAGGUACAUGUUCGUUUAACACAAGCAAAAUCAACAGGCCCUCACGAUGGCCGCAGCAUUGAUGGACGAAAAUGCAGAGAUUGAUUGGGGAAAUGAAAGGUUAACUCGAGCUCAAAAAGCUGUGGAAGCGAACGUAUACGACGUGGAUUCAUGGUCUCUACUCAUCAGGGAAGCCCAGACGAGGCCUAUCAAUGAUGUACGGACUAUGUAUGAAAAAUUAAUUGCUGCAUUUCCAACCACUGGCCGGUACUGGAAGAUAUACAUAGAACAAGAGAUGAAGGCGAGAAAUUUUGAAAAAGUUGAAAAGCUGUUCCAGCGCUGCCUUAUGAAGAUCCUCAAUAUUGAACUCUGGCGUCUCUACUUAAACUACGUCAAAGAAACUAAAUGUAUGCUGCCUACAUACAAAGAAAAAAUGGCACAGGCUUAUGACUUUGCUUUAGAUAAAAUAGGCUUAGAUAUCCACGCUUAUCCGAUCUGGAACGAUUAUGUAACGUUCUUAAAGGCAGUCGACGCGGUUGGAUCUUACGCUGAAAAUCAGAAGAUUUCGGCUGUCAGGAAAGUAUACCAAAGAGCGGUUAUCACUCCUAUUAUAGGAAUAGAAACAUUAUGGAAGGAUUAUAUUGCAUUUGAGCAAGGGAUCAAUACAAUUAUUGCUGAGCGUAUGGCAAUGGAGAGGUCCCGAGAAUAUAUGAACGCGCGUCGCGUGGCUAAGGAACUGGAGACAGUCACGCGGGGUCUUAACAGGAACAUGCCGGCCACGCCGCCUACUGUCGAUAGAGAGGAAAUGAAACAGGUGGAACUGUGGAAGAAGUAUAUAUCAUGGGAGAGAAGCAACCCCCUCCGGUCGGAGGACACGGCGCUGGUCGCCCGCCGCGUCAUGUUCGCGAUUGAGCAGUGCUUGCUCUGCCUCGCGCACCAUCCCGACGUAUGGCACCAAGCUGCGCAGUUCCUCGAUCACUCCUCAAAGCUGCUGCAAGAGAAAGGGGAUUCGAAUGCGGCGCGUCUGUUCUCUGAGGAGGCGGCUGCGGUGUACGAGCGCGCGACCAGCGGCCCUCUCAAGCAGUCCACGCUGUUACACUUCGCUCACGCCGACUACGAGGAGAGCCGGCUUCAUUACAAUAAGGUACAUCAAGUAUAUACGAGAUAUCUAGACAUGGAGGACAUCGACCCCACACUCGCUUACGUGCAGUAUAUGAAGUUCGCACGACGCGCUGAGGGCAUCAAAUCCGCCAGAACUGUAUUCAAACGUGCCAGAGAAGAUCCAAGGUCUCGUUAUCAUGUGUUCGUGGCGGCUGCUCUCAUGGAGUAUUACUGCUCAAAAGACAAGAACAUCGCCUUUAGAAUCUUUGAGCUCGGUCUAAAGAAGUUCUCACACAUUCCAGAAUACGUCCUCUGCUAUAUCGACUAUUUGUCACAUUUAAACGAGGACAACAACACUCGCGUGCUGUUCGAGAGAGUGCUCUCUUCGGGCAGUCUGAAGCCCGAGAGCUCAGUAGACAUCUGGAACAGGUUCCUGGAAUUUGAGUCCAACAUCGGUGAUCUUGUUAGUAUUGUUAAAGUGGAGAAGAGAAGACAGGCUGUGCUGGAAAAGAUCAAAGAGUUCGAAGGCAAGGAGACUGCGCAGCUGGUGGACCGCUACAAGUUCCUCGAUCUGUAUCCUUGCAGCAUUGCUGAGCUCAAAUCCAUCGGAUAUACUGAGGUAGCGUCUAUGUCGAACAAAUCGUGGGCAUUGGGCGGCCCACUGGCCGGCAUAUCUCCGGAGCUGGCGGCUGUUAUACUUGGACAGAAAGACAAUGAUCCUAAUAAAGACAUUGCUCGUCCUGACACUAAUCAAAUGAUUCCAUACAAGCCCAAAGUUAAUCCAUUACCGGGAGAACAUCCGAUAUCAGGCGGCACGUUCCCAAUGCCACCUGCGUGUGCGCACGUGUGUACGCUGAUGCCACCGCCCACAUGCUUCCGCGGACCCUUCGUUGCCGUCGACCGCCUCAUGCAGCUCUUCAACCGCAUCACGCUGCCAGAUAAACCACCGGCGCCGACACAAGAGAACGGUUGUGACACGAAAUUAUUUGACUUAGCGCGCUCCGUACACUGGAUAGUAGAUGAUGAGGGAAUCACCACCGUCUCCAAUAAGGCAAGACGAAGAAAGAUCGGCGAAGAUUCGGAUGACGAUGACUUGGGCGUCGCCCCACCCGUCAACGACAUCUAUCGGCAGAGACAACAAAAACGAGUCAAAUAAAUAUUUACAACAUCAGC